AUGUCAGCCAAGGGAGAUGGGUCAAAACUAAGACACACAGUGGCAGUUUUGACAAAUGUCGCCCACAUCUCCGCACCUUUUCUUUCAGUUUUCCUCAUUGUCCAUCUGUCUGCACCAGCACUCGCAAUUGUCGGAGGCUCGAGUUUGUCUUCCAAUGUUUUGCUUCUCGGUAGAGAGUACUACCAAACUGGCUUUGGGGAGAGAUAUCUCCUCUUUCUACCUCUGGCAGCUCACGUAGCUUCAAGUAUUACGAAAAGGAUCAUCAGUCCACGUUCAGCACCGCCUCGCAAGAUUACCAGCACCCUCAGUCUCGCAGCAUAUUCAGCUCUUCUAAUCUUCCUUCCUAUACAUUUCUACACACACCGCGUGCACCCUGCCAAUCCUUCACCACCAAUAUUCGAAGUAGGGCCCUCAGAGCUGGACUAUGAGUUCAUCAAAACUGGCUUGGCUAGGUUUCCCUGGCGGAGCUGGAUCUUGUACGGUGGAUUGGUUGCAAGCGUCAUGUUCCACGCAGUCGAAGGCGCACAAAUUAUCCAAGCAUCACGUUUCGCUUCUCGGAAAUUCCGCAUGCGCCCACGAACGCGCAAGAUCGUCGCAGGCGCAGCGGUAGUGCCUAUAUUGGCAGGUCUGUGGACGCUUUCGAAAGAACCGCUUUUGGUAUUUGCUUCGCUGGCAGAGCGGUACGAGGCUGCGUUCACUCGGUCUUGGAUCUAUAGGUUUUAG